UUAUUUUGACUGCCAGUGUCCAAAAACAAAAAAUGUCGUCCAGUGGCGCCCUGGCCAACGGCUACGUGGGCUCGGAACCGGAGGACGUGUACGGUGCUCGCUUCAUGCAGCCCCCGCACACCAUGGCCGCAAGGCCGCCAGGCGCCGGGAACCACGCUGACUUCUCCUCUUGCAGUUUCACCCCGAAAUCCGCCGUCUUCUCUCCGCCGUGGCGCUCGGUUCACCCGCAGGGGAUUUACCAUCCAUACGCGCACCAGUCGGACGGCAGAUGCGUCGGCGUGCGCCCCUGGAUGGACCCGGUCCCCAACCACGUUCCCUUCGUCGGAUUCCCCCCCAGCCGACGUCCGCCGUCAUGCAGCGCCCCAAAGCCUGCUCCCUCCCCGCCGAAAAGCAGCAUCAAGCCAGGAGGCCAGGAGGCUAGACCUCCAGGCGGGGUCCUGUCGUGUCGGAGCGGUUCUGAGGGUCCAGAAAGGGCGCAGAGUGGAAGUGAGCUUUCCAACCACAGCGAGCCCAAAGAGGAGAAACAAGUUGACCCAAGCAACCCUGCAGCCAACUGGAUCCAGGCGCGCUCCAGCAGAAAGAAGCGCUGCCCCUACACCAAAUAUCAGACUCUGGAGCUGGAGAAGGAGUUCCUGUACAACAUGUACCUGAGCCGGGACCGCCGCUAUGAAGUGGCCCGCAUACUGAGCCUGAGCGAGAGGCAAGUCAAGAUCUGGUUCCAGAACCGCAGGAUGAAAAUGAAGAAGAUGAACCGAGAGAGAGGCGGCAAGGAGCAGCUAUGAGUGCACGAAGGACUACUGCGCUGCUUUUUUUGACAAUUGCAUUUUUUUAGGCGUCUAAAGGCUAAUAUUGCGACAAAAUGGAUCAGGACUUAUCAGGAAGAGUGCCUUUUUCUCAAUUUUUUGCAAUUCG